AUGUCGAAACAUGUGGAAAACGUCCGUCUGCUGGACCGGUCGUCAGGCCAGAGAAAGGCCAGCGUCGGGACUCUGUACCUCUCUGCCACGCACGCCAUCUUUGUGGAGAACAACCCGGAGACGCGCAAGGAGACAUGGGUAUUGCACAGCAUGGUGAGCAGCGUGGAGAGGCCGCCCACCCCCUCAGGAGGUCAGCUGAUCCUUCGCUGUAAGGACUUCCGGAUCUUCCAGAUAUUCAUUCCACAGGAGAGAGACUGCUUGGACGUCCACGCCUCAUUGGCCAGACUGUCACGGCCAGAGAAGUACAGCGAGCUCUACUGUCUGUCCUUUAACCCCAACGUGAACAAAGAGGAGAGGGAGGAGUCGUGGAACUUCAUCGACCUCGCGGCCGACUACAAGAGGAUGGGCGUCCCUAACAACCUGUGGGUUGCCACGGCAGCAAACAGCGAAUACAGGGUGUGUGACACAUACCCUUCAGAGCUGUUUGUUCCAAAGUCGGCCACGCCCGCCAUCAUCGUGGGCAGCUCGAGGUUCAGAAGUCGAGGACGAUUUCCUGCUUUGUCGUACUUCCACCAGGACACACUGGUCAGACACACACACGUUUGUAUUUAUAUCCUCGCUUCAAACUCGUGGUCCCCACGAGGGCUGUUUGUCCCCACAAGAACAGUCCGCCGUUCAUCACCUGCCACUCCUCGUCACAGACCACAAUGUUUUCAUCGCUACAACAGCUCGUGUCCGCAGGCGACGGCGAGCACGCCGCUUAUAAUCCGGUUUUAUUCGUAUCUGUGUCACGGAGGUAAAGGCUGUGCGAUGUGUGUCUGCAGGCUUCAUGAGCGCACUCACUCGGUGUGGCCUCAGCUGUGGAAGGACCGAGGCGAGUACACCAACCCUCUGUACAAGGCCGAGCAGAGCCAGAGUCAGGGCGUGCUGAGACCCAACACCUCCCCCUACUGCUUCAAGAUGUGGAAGGGUCUCUAUAACCACGCUGAGAAAUCGACGCCUCCCCGCCAGUCACCUGCCGACUUCCUGUCUGCCAGGAGGGAGGAGUCCCAGCAGCUGGAAGAGGAGCUGACCAAUCACCAGGAGAGGAUCGCAGAGCUGACGGGGAAGCCGAUCACCUGGGAGAAGAUCGAGGUUCCCCGGAGGAAGACUAGCUGCCUGCUGCACAGGCACAGCGGGCCGGACCCGCCCACCUUAUACAGAGAGCCAAUCGCCAGCCUCGCACAGGACAGCAGUCACACACUUUCCUCUGCACCAGCCAAUCAGAAGACUCACACCAAGGAGCCCGCACUCUCCCUGCCCUUAGGGCCACAUGCCCAGCUCAAGAGUCACGACCCCGAUGACCUCUCCACCUGCAGCGACCUGGAGUCGGGCGUGGCCGACCUCAGCAGCCGCUCAUCCAGCGGCGGUGAUGUCGGCAAGGACCCGGACUUGGAGUGACACGGACCGGAUCAAAGGGACUCCGCUGGCUUUUAUUGAUAUUUAUUCACAGGACGGCGAGGUGACGUUUUCAGGUUAAA